AUGCAGAUGACAGCCUGCUCUCUUUUUGGGCUUUUACUUUGUGCGGGCAGCAAGGACGGGGACAUGGUCAAGCUUCUAAAGGACAGGCUCAAGGACAAAAACGCAUUUAUAUCUGGGCAAACAGGAUAUGUGUAUAACAUUGGGAAGAAUUCGUGCAUUCUGGCAGAAAAAACGCCGAGGAACAACCGCAUUAGCAUGAAAAUGGUCAGGGAGGUGACAAGUUCGUCUCGUUUUAAAAUGGUUCGCAUUGUCAAGCCGAAUAGGUAUCCCAUGGUGUUUCUGGAGCAUGUGGCGUACCAGAGCAGUUCGGGCGUAACUGGCGUCUCUAGCCGAGUGUUUGGCCUGAACGAAAAAAAUGCGCCAGAAAUAAGCUUAAACAAGUACAGUAAGCACAGCCCGGAAACCAUGUCGAUUUAUCCUGAGAUGGCUUCUCAAGGGCGGCUUGUCUUCCGAAUGUAUAUAGGAAGCAAAUGUGUUGGGGUGUCGUAUAAAAACUUGCUGGUGAGCGAGCACUGCAAGUUUGUAGGAGAGAGCUCUGGGCAUAAAAGCCAGCUGUGGAUGUGGAUUCCUAACGCCACCUUCAGAAGAGAGACAGACGACAAAAAAACUCCUGUGGACUACCUAGAACUGGAUGAGAAGGAGGACGCUGAAAUUGAAAAGAAUAGUGUGUGCACGCCUUGUCCGGUCUUUUCCGGCCCUGCCACGACGCGACUCUCUGGCACUCCGGAUUCCUGUUUUAAUCUUUCUCGGCGGUUUGUAAUCCAAGAGGACAUAUCGGGCUAUCGCAAUUCUAAUAUCUCAAGGGGGCAGCCUAAUGUUUAG